AUGGAUCACGUGACUUUCCCCUUCCAGCACAUCGUUGGAAUAGAGUUCAUCCAUAAAUCUAUAUCAGGCUUCCUCCAGGAGGAGGAAGCACGCAAAGUCAAAGGUCCAAAGGGCACCCUCUUCGUGAGCAACGUCCCUCGAGGAUCCAAUAGCGAGUACAUUCGCCGCGUCUUCUCGCGCUACGAGAUUGAAGACGUUAACUUCCACCCAAAAGGCGGCUGCGCUAUUUCCUUCCUGGCCGUGAACGACCCAGCGGACAUCCUGGAGAAGUUUUCGAACGGGAUUUGGUUCGAGAAGCGGAAGCUUUGGGUGAACGAAUUCCAGGGCAAGAAGGGCAAGAAUAAGCGUCCUCUCGCCCGCGCGCCCACCCCGGCUCCUGCAGCGACUCCUGCGCCUGUGUCAAUCAACACUGAUGACCUUACCGCAAAGGCUGCCGCCAUGUCGCUCGGAAACUCGGCCAUAAUUAUUACAAAACCCACCACCAGGCAAACCGAAGUGAUCGUCAAGAACCUGAAUUAUCAGGCUACCGAGCAAGGCAUUAAGCAUCUCUUCAACAACUUCAAGCUCAGCAAAGUCAACUUGAAGCACGGCUGUGCGUUUGUUGGGUUGGAAUCUCAGGAUGAGGCUCAGCGUGCGGUGAACCAGCUGAAUGAGCGGAAGGUUCUCGGUCGCAAGGUCUUUGUUGAACUAACGCGUCCAAAGUGGGGUGGAUUUUAA